UCUGCUUGUAGACAAAUGUGCACUACCAACAUGUCUGUGUCUUCUACCGACGGUGCUGCUUCUGCAAGCACCUCGCAGAUUCCUGCUUCCGAACAAGAGACCCUGGUUAGACCAAAGCCAUUGCUUUUGAAGUUGUUAAAGUCUGCUGGUGCGCAAAAAGAUGUUUAUACUAUGAAAGAGGUUAUAUUUUAUCUCGGCCAAUAUAUUAUGACUAAGCGAUUAUAUGAUGAGAAGCAACAACAUAUGGUGUAUUGUUCAAAUGAUCUGCUAGGAGAUUUGUUUGGUGAGCCAAGCUUCUCUGUGAAAGACCACAGGAAAAUUUGUACAAUGAUCAACAGAAACUUGAUAGUAGUCAGUCAACAGGAACCAUUGGAUUCUGGUACAUCUGUGAGUGAAAAUAGGUGUCAAGUUGAAGAUAGGAGUGAUCAAAAGGACUCUGUGCAAGAGUUACAGGAAGAGAAACCUUCAUCUUCACAUUUGAUUUCUAGACCAGCUACCUCAUCUAGAAGGAGAACAUUUAGUGAGACAGGAGAAAGUUCAGGUGAAUUAUCCAGUGAAGUACAAAGAAAGCGCCACAGAUCGGAUCCUGUUUCCCUUUCCUUUGAUGAGAGUGUUGCGCUGUGUGUGAUAAGGGAGAUAUGCUGUGAAAGAGGCAGUAGCAGCGAGUCAACAGAAACACCAUCAAAUCCAGAUCUGGAUGCUGCUGUAAGUGUACAGUCUGGGGAUUGGUUGGAGCAGGAUUCUGUUUCAGAUCAAUUCAGUGUAGAAUUUGAAGUUGAAUCUCUAGAUUCAGAAGAUUAUAACCUCAGUGAGGAAGGAUCAGAACUCUCAGAUGAAGAUGAUGAGGUGUAUCAAGUUACUGUCUAUCAGGACCAGGAGAGUGAUACAGAUUCAUUUGAAGAUGACCCUGAACUUUCCUUAGCUGACUAUUGGAAGUGUACUUCGUGCAGUGAAAUGAAUCCUCCUCUUCCACCACAUUGUAACAGAUGUUGGGCACUUCGUGAGAAUUGGCUUCCUGAAGAUAAAAGGAAAGAUAAAGAAAAAAUGCCUGAGAGCCCCAAACUAGAAAACACAACCCAAGCAGAAGAAGGUUUUGAUGUUCCUGAUUGUAAGAAAACGAUACUGAGUACCUCUGAAGAGUCAUGUAUUGAAGAAAAUAAUGAUAACAAAACAGAAGCCUCCCAGUCUCAAGAUAGUGAGGACUAUCCUCAGCCAUCAACUUCCAGUAUCAUCAUUUACAACAGCCAAGAUGUUAAAGAACUUGAGAGGGAAGACUCACAAAGUGUGGAAUCUAGAUCGCGCCCUAUUGCCACUGAACCUUGUGUGAUUUGCCAAGAUCGACCUAAAAAUGGUUGCAUUGUCCAUGGCAAAACAGGACAUCUUAUGGCAUGUUUUACAUGUGCAAAGAAGCUUAAAAAAAGAAAUAAGCCUUGUCCAGUGUGUAGACAACCAAUUCAAUUGAUUAUAUUAACUUAUUUCCUCUAGUUGACCUGUCUUUAUAAGAG